AGUAACUACGAAGUAGACAAGUAUAUCAGUACUUAGUCACCACUACAAGUCAUAUAAAUAAAGCGUCAGUAGUCGUGAUGCUCUCAGUAUAUAGUGGUCUGAUCAGGUCUGAUUGUUGUGGGUGAUUCAUUUGGGAUUUUAAAUACUUCCAUUUUUAUUAUUGAGAUUUAGUUUGUUUAUAAUUAAUUUUUUGCAAAAUACUUAGCCAUGAAAAUUUUAUUACUCAUAUCCAUGGUACUGAUUGGUACCAUUCAAGCCAUUUCAGUUUAUGAUCUUGUAAAGGAAGAGUGGAAUACUUUCAAGAUCCAACAUAAGAAACAAUACGAAAAUGAUGUUGAAGAAGGUUUCAGGAUGAAAAUUUACAUGGACAAUAAACAUAAGAUUGCUCAACAUAAUGCCAAAUAUGAAAAGGGUUUAGUCUCAUACAAACUUGCUAUUAACAAAUUUGGAGAUAUGCUUCAUCAUGAUUUUAUUAGAAUGAUGAAUGGAUUCAACAAAACAAUUGAUAGAAAUUUAAGAUCUUCUUUACAACGAAGUGAAGGUCUUACCCGUGGAGCUACAUUCAUUCCACCAGAACAUGUUGAGCUUCCAAAAUCCGUUGAUUGGAGACAGAAAGGAGCCGUUACACCAGUAAAAGAUCAAGGCCAAUGUGGUUCUUGUUGGGCUUUCUCUACAACAGGUGCUUUGGAAGGACAACAUUUCAGAAAGACUGGUGUUCUUACUUCAUUGAGUGAACAAAAUUUAGUUGAUUGUUCUGGAAAAUAUGGUAACAAUGGUUGCAACGGUGGUUUAAUGGAUCAAGCGUUCCAAUACAUCAAAGAUAACAAAGGUAUUGACACUGAGAAAACGUAUCCUUAUGAAGCAGAAGACGAUAAGUGUCGUUAUAAUCCUCGAAACACUGGUGCUGAAGAUGUUGGAUACGUUGAUAUCCCUCAAGGUGAUGAAGAAAGUUUAAAAAAAGCAGUUGCUACUAUUGGUCCUGUUUCUGUAGCUAUUGAUGCUUCUCGUCGAUCUUUCCAAUUUUAUUCUGAAGGUGUUUACGAUGAAGAGGAAUGUUCUAGUGAAGAAUUAGAUCACGGAGUUCUAGUUGUCGGUUACGGUACUGAUGAAAACGGAACGGAUUACUGGUUAGUGAAGAACAGUUGGGCAGAAGUAUGGGGAGAAAAAGGAUACAUUAAGAUGUCUCGUAAUAAGAACAACCAAUGUGGAAUUGCAUCGUCAGCAAGCUACCCCCUUGUUUAAUGUAAAUUUUUUUUUUUUUUUUUAAUGAAUUCGAUAAUGAUUUCUUGAUUUGA